CCUUCCGGCGGCAGUGCUGACAGGGGCAGGUCCCGCGCGGUCCCGGCUGGGCCGAGGGGGAGGUCCGGGAGCAGAAGGUGACCCGGAGCCGGCGCACGGAACGCCCCGGGGGUUUGGAACGCGGCGAGGAAGGCGGUGUCGCUUUGCGGAAAGCCUCCGGGGAUCGGCUUCUGUCGGGACUCGGCUGUGCUCGGCUUGGGGACUCGUCACGGGCAGCGUGAAGGCGGCGCGCCCUUCCCGCUCCCCCGGUCAGCGGACUGCUCCGGCACCGCCGGGAGACGUGUGCGGCUCGCAAGAUGAGGGAAUGGAGGUACUUUGCCCUGCCAUCCUUCGUUCUUCAGGACUAGAAAACUAUUUGCACUUUGCUCACCAGUAAUCGGUGCUCUGGAGCUUAUCUGAGAUUACCUUGCCAGGGAACAGCUUUAGAGACGAGAGGCAGAAUGUUGAGAAUUAUGGGGACAUUUUCAGUGAAUGCAUUGAAGUCAUCAAGUUUGUGCAAUAAGUACAUGUAUUUCAGAAAUACAAAAAUGAGAGUCACAGGUGUGACACAGCAAAACUGCAGUCUGAGAAACUACAGUUCUCCACCAGGAGAUGUUAAGUCUCUGCAUUCUGUCAUUAAUCCUCAUAUAUCCAGAAUCCGAAACAUUGGCAUUAUGGCCCACAUUGAUGCAGGCAAAACUACAACAACAGAGAGAAUGCUGUAUUAUUCUGGAUAUAUAAGAACACUUGGAGAUGUUGAUGAUGGAGACACGGUGACAGAUUUUAUGGCACAAGAGCGAGAACGUGGUAUUACCAUUCAGUCUGCUGCUGUUACAUUUGAUUGGAAAGACUACAGAAUCAAUCUGAUUGACACCCCAGGCCAUGUGGACUUUACAGUGGAAGUUGAGCGUUGUUUGAGGGUCCUGGAUGGAGCAGUAGCGGUAUUUGAUGCUUCAGCUGGUGUUGAGGCACAAACUCUGACAGUCUGGAGACAAGCAGACAAACAUCAGAUACCACGAAUUUGCUUUUUAAACAAGAUGGACAAGAACAGGGCAAGUUUUACAUAUGCUGUUGAGAGCAUCAAACAAAAGUUGAAGACAAAACCUUUACUGUUACAGUUGCCUAUUGGGGAAGCCAAGACUUUCAGAGGACUGGUUGAUGUUGUGACUAAGGAGCAAAUAAUUUGGAAACCCACUUCUGAUAUGGAUGAUGGAAAAAAUUUUGAGCGAAAGCUGCUGCUAGAGACUGAUGAUCCAAACCUGUUCCAAGAAGUCCAGGAUGCAAGAAAUACCUUAAUAGAACAAGUUGCAGAUCUGGAUGAUGAAUUUGCUGAACUGGUUCUAGGAGAAAAUAGUGAAAAUUUUGACUUAAUACCAGCUGACAAGUUGCAGUCUGCUAUCCGCAGAAUCACGCUAGCUCAGAAGGCUGUCCCUGUCCUCUGUGGCAGUGCGCUGAAGAACAAAGGGGUGCAGCCAUUACUGGAUGCUAUUACUCUGUACUUGCCUGCACCUAAUGAGCGUUCAUAUGAGUUUCUACAGUGGUACAAGGAUGACCUGUGUGCCCUGGCAUUCAAAGUUCUUCAUGAUAAAUGUCGUGGACCACUAGUUUUUGUUCGUGUUUACUCAGGUUCAUUGAAACCUCAGUCAGCUGUAUAUAAUAUUAACAAAAGUUGCACGGAGAGAAUGAGCCGGCUGCUCCUGCCUUUUGCUGAUCAGCAAAUUGAAAUACCAUCACUAAUGCCUGGCAACAUUGCUCUGACUGUUGGGUUAAAACAGAGUGCCACUGGAGAUACCAUAGUGUCAUCAAAGGCUUCAGCUGUUGCUGCAGCACGCCGAGCUGGAAGGGAUGCUGGGGAAAAGAAGAGGUCUGUGAGUGGUGUAGACAAUCUUCUGCUGGCAGGUGUUGAGAUCCCUGAGCCUGUUUUCUUCUGUACCAUUGAACCACCUUCAAUGGCCAGACAGCAAGACUUGGAUAAUGCAUUGAGCUGCCUUCAGCGUGAAGAUCCAAGUUUAAAAGUGAAGCCAGAUCCUGACACAGGACAAACUAUCCUCUGUGGCAUGGGAGAACUACACAUAGAAAUUAUUCAUGACCGAAUCAAACGUGAAUAUGGAAUUGAGACUUAUUUGGGACCUCUUCAAAUAGCAUACCGAGAAACCAUCUUAAAUGCUGCCCAAGCUACAGAUAUAUUAGACAAAACAGUAGGUGAUAAACGACACUGUGUAACUGCAGAGAUAGAGGUGAGGCCCACGUCAGGAGAAGGAGCAACAACAAAACCCAUCAUCAGCUAUGCUGAGAAUGUCAGUGAAGUACUGCCCAAAGAACUCCAAGGAGCUAUAGAAAAUGGAAUCACAAAUUCAUGCAUUCAAGGACCUCUGCUUGGAUUUCCAGUUCAAGAUAUAGAUGUGACAGUGCAAUCACUGACAGUGCACCCAGACACCUCGCACGCAAUGGUAUCAGCCUGUGUCUCCCGUUGCUUGCAAAAGGCUUUGAAAAAAGCUGGUAUACAAAUACUGGAGCCCCUGAUGAACCUAGAAAUCACAGUAAGUGAAGAUCAUCUCAGUGCAGCACUUGCUGAUCUUGCACAGCGGAGAGGUAAUAUUCAGGAAAUCCAGUCGCGUCAAGAUAACAGAGUUGUGGUCGCUGCUGUUCCACUAGCAGAAAUGAUGGGCUACUCAACAGUUUUGCGUUCUCUAACAUCGGGCUCAGCAACCUUCACAUUGGAGCUUGCCAGUUAUCAAGCCCUGAGCAGUCAAGAGCAAAGUGCACUUCUUCAGAGGAGGAUGGGGUUGGUGUGAUCUUUACUCUCUAGUGUUUUCUGUCCUCCUGUUAAAUAUUUUCGUAUGUACGCCAGUGUGUUCGUCUGGGACCAACUGGUGAUGGCAAAUAAUGAGUCAGCAGCUUAUGAACAGACUGCUUUCAACUGGCCAGGGAGGAAGGUUCAAGAGACUCUCCUCUGCUAGCAUAACUUCAUUGCAAAGCAGGGAUGCAACAACAAAUUGUGCUUUGCAAAUUCUUAUCCUGAGGACAUUUGUAAUGAGAAGUGAUGCAAAUUGUCUUCACAGAAAUGAGCACUAAGUCCACCUUAAUGUGCCACUGGGACUGUUUUCCUAAUCUAGUAAAUAAAGUUUGUGGAAGUUUUAUUUAUCACUGAAAUAACUUUGCAGUUUUGGCACUCUGUAUCUUGAUUUAUUUUCAGCUGUACAAAAGGAUAUGGUUAAUAAGCACUUUACAUUGUACAACUUACAGGUAUUGCUUCUACUGGUAGAAACCAGUUAUGAACCAGAGUUCAGGACUGGGUGUAAUUUCUACCUGAGUUUAGCAAGUAAGUGAAAUGGAUACUUCUGCAAAUCAAGUAAGAUCUGUGCAAACAAAAUACAAGAAAGGCAGUUUUUCCAGGACGUAAUUCCUACCUACCCUGUGGUAUGUUGAGAACGGAGUUGUUUGAAUGUUUACCUUUUGGAAUUAGUGAAUUAAGCUGUAAUGGUUCUGAUUUGCUAUGGGUUGCAAUUAUCUGGUUACUUAGAAAAGGGGCAACUGAUACUCUGAAAUAAAAAAGAUAAGUUUGUUCUGAGUUUAAAUAAUGUCUUAGCUUUAUUUUCUUCAGCCUUAGAGUGUAUGGAAUUAGUAACUCUAUGGUAUCAAGUUUCACGAUUUCACAGUGAAGAAUCUCUGCUUUUGAAAGAUUAAAAAUGAUAAUUUUUACUCCAA